GAGUCUGAAGAAGGGUCUCGACCCGAAACGUCGCCUAUUUCCCUUGGCUCCAUAGAUGCUGCUGCACCCGCUGAGUUUUCUCCAGCAGUUUUUUGUCUACCUUUGAAUUACUCCAGCCCUCUGCGUCUAUCUUGGGUACAAACUAGCAUCUGCAGUUCCUUCCUAUUGCAACCUGAUGCAAAUUAAUUCCUAUUUCCACUUUCAUCUGUGUAGUUCUGCCCCUUUCCUUAAUCACACACACACACACAUACACACACAAAACCACGUAAGUUUACGAUGUUAUCGCAGGUACAAAUGAACUCACAUUCGCAGUUACCUCCCCUCGGGGAAAAAAAAAACGGACUAAUCGCUUCCCAUCAGAACAAGCCGCUGCCGAAAGCUUAGAGACAGUCGCCGUCUCCAGUCCCAGCCUUCUAAAGUGGCCCCGGCUACAAUUCUCAGAUGUUAUUUGGAUGAGAGAGAGAGACAGAAACAGCAUACUUCAGAGAGUGAAUUUGGUUCACCGGGGCAAUAACAGCAACAACAACAGAAAGAAGAGGAAAAAAAGGGGGAAAAAACGAAGCACAAUCGGUGCAGAGAGUGCAAGAGGAAAAACUAAUAAUGACAUUUCGUGGGAGAUUCGAGUGAGUGGCUUUGCAAGCGCCGGAGAGGGCAGCUUCUGAAAUCAUCUUUGAAGGAAAAACCCAGGCUAAAACUUGGAUUUUUUUUUUUAGAAAGGGAAACUUAGACACACCAACCAACACUACAGGUUGCAAUUCAUCGCAACUAGUUGAACAAAUAUUUACCUGCUUGUUUGGAUAGCUUUUAUUAUUUUUCCUCCCGCACUUAAGCGAAGCAGCGGCGCUUAACCCGAAUGUUGUGUGUGUGUGUGUGUGUCUGUGUGAGAGAGAGCGUGUUUGUGUGUGUGUGUGUGUUUGUGUUUUAGUCUCAUUUCAACCCCACACAUAGAUUAGGGGAGCAACCAAAAAAAAUCUUUUCGGAAGAUCUUUCAAACUGGGAGAGAAAAGUUUGGAUUUGCGCUUCCAAAACACUAAAGUGAGAAUAUCUUCCCGAUAUCUUGGACUUAAAACCAGACUCCGAUCUUCAAUCCCGGGAGAUGCCUCGCCUACCCCCGAGAAUCAUGUGGCUAUUCCUGCACUUGCUCACCCUUUCGUCCGUAAUCCAGGACUCCAGGCAGACCACGGCCCACUUCAGGACGUACGUGGAAAACCACACCAGACACUCGGAUGACUUGAGUCGUAAACAAAUACGGAUCUACCAGCUAUACAGCCGGACCAGCGGCAAACACGUCCAGGUGCUGGGCAAGAAGAUCAACGCCAACGGGGAGGACGGUGGCAAAUACGCUCUUCUGGUGGUGGAGACCGACACCUUCGGUAGUCACGUGAGGAUCAAGGGGAAAGAGACCGGCCACUAUAUCUGCAUGAGCAAACGUGGGAAGAUUCUCGGCAAGCUGAACGGGAAGAACCGCGAGUGCGUGUUCGUGGAGGAGGUGCUGGAGAACAACUACACGGCCCUGAUGUCGGCCAAGUACAAGGGCUGGUACCUGGGUUUCACCAGGAAGGGGCGCCCCAGGAAGGGCUCCAAGACGGAGCAGAACCAGAGGGAGGUGCACUUCAUGAAGAGGCUGCCCAAGGACAAGGAAGACCACCACAAGCCUUUCAAGUUCACCACCGUGACGAAAAGAACUCGCAGGACCCGUCACCAGAGGCGAGGCAGAGGCUGAGGGACCCUCUGCCGACCAGCCACCACUGACUGUCUUGGGAUAAAUAUUUGCGUUUGUUUUUUUUUUUUAAAUCAAAACCUAAAGAUGCUUUAUUUUUAUACUCGUGGAAGGGACUGUUCUCAGCUGACCUCUAUUUAAAGGGUAACUGGGCGUGUUUGUGUGUGCGUGUGUGGGUGUGUGAACGUGUGCGUGAGUGUUUCAGUCUGCGUCCAGGUUAUUUAUAAGACGGACUAUUUUGCCACAGAGUCAAUAGACAAUAGACAAUGGGUGUAGAAGGAGGCCAUUCGGCCCUUUCGAGCCAGCACCGCCUUUCAAUGUGAUCAUGGCCGAUCGUCCACAAUUUCGCAUUUACUCCCAACACAUCAACAGCAAUUUAGACUAUAAACAAUAGGUGCAGGAGUAGGCCAUUCGGCCCUUCGAGCCAGCACCGCCAUUCAAUGUGAUUAAACGGGUCCUUUUCACAAUGGCAGGCAGUGACUAGUGGGGUACCGCAAGGCUCAGUGCUGGGACCCCAGCUAUUUACAAUAUAUAUUAAUGAUCUGGAUGAGGGAAUUGAAUGCAACAUCUCCAAGUUUGCGGAUGACACUAAGCUGGGGGGAAGUGUUAGCUGUGAGGAGGAUGCUAGGGGACUGCAAGGUGACUUGGAUAGGCUGGGUGAGUGGGCAAAUGUUUGGCAGAUGCAGUAUAAUGUGGAUAAAUGUGAGGUUAUCCAUUUUGGUGGCAAAAACAGGAAAGCAGACUCAUAUCUAAAUGGUGGCCGAUUAGGAAAAGGGGAGAUGCAACGAGACCUGGGUGUCAUGGUACACCAAUCAUUGAA